CGCGGGAAAGUUUACGAAUUUCACGACGCUCUGUAUUUUCUAUUUUUGUAUCAGUGCGUCUCAAGUCCCAAAAAUAGACGUUCAAGUUUUGAACAUAGUGUAAUUCAUUCUCUCGGCUUUUGAACGUGAUCCUUACUUGUGAGUUUGUCAGGACAAAAUAUUAACAUCUAUAAAAUGGCAGAUCAAGUGCAACCGCAAUGUCCGGAGUCUGGAGAGAUUGGCGGAGGAGAGGCAAUCCCCGCACCACAGCCUCCGGUCACUGAAGAAGUUAAUAAACCAGCUGUCGAGUCGAGCGUCCAACCAGACAGUAAACCAGAGGAAAUAAAGGAGAGUAAACCAGAGGAAAUAAAGGAGGUACAACAGGAUGCAGCAGAAAGCAAGCCAGUCGAACAAACUGUUGAAACUACUGACGCCAAAGAAGUUCCCAAUAAUGCCAAAGAAAAUCUUGACUGGCAGCAAAGAGAACAGGAGCUCCUCAAGAAGAUUGAAGAGUUGGAGAAGAUUAAGAGCGAGAGGACCGAGGAUGGAAUGAAACUAGAACUCAAGGUUCGUGAAGAAGAGGUCGAUCUCCUAAAAGCAAGAGUUCGGAAUUUGGAAACAGAACUACAAGCAGCUCUGUCGAAACCCAGCGGCAAGAAUCAUGAGAUGAUUGAAAACAUCAAACAACAGCAUGAAGAGUUGCUCAACAAAGCUCGCGGUAUGAUCUUCGAUAAGACAAAGAUGGUGAAGAAUCAGGAGCUACAGAUUGAGGCUUUAACAACACAAGUACAAUCUCUCAAGGACAUCAACGUGAUCACCAAGGACUUGUUGGAAAUAAGAAACUCUGAAGUGAAAGCUAUGGAGGAUCGUCUUCAAGCAAUGGAGGCGAGGUUUAAAGCGGAGAAGGACAGGUACGGGCUGGUGUUACAGCGCGCACAGACCAGCACCACCCUUAAUGACGACUUGAAGAAGGAGUACGAAACACAGCUCGCUAUUUUCAAGGAACUUAGAGAGAAAUACGAACAGAGGGUUCAAGCGCUGGUAGCCGAAAAUGCCAGGUUGAAGGAGGUGGCUGCCUUAAAGGCCGGUACAUCGGGCUAACUGCCAUAGACUAACAUUUUAUUUCGAGAAAUUAUAUCUAAAAUGUAAAGACUGUUUCGGUUAGCAACUCGUUGAGUUUAUGUUUCUUUAGAAUUGCAUUUUUGUAAUGACUUCUCAAACAAUAGUAAUCUGUUUCCAAAUUAUUAUAAUUUUACUGAGAAAUUGACAUUAGAUUUGAUUGAAAAUUAACGAUAAAAUGUUAAGAAGUCCGGUGUCUAAGUUAUUAAGUCACAUAGGUCAUAUUUAUUUAUGUAAUUUAAAUACGAUUUGUAAUAAAUUUUGUGGAAAAAGA